GUGACUGCGACAGAGUCACGCAUGGCCCCCAUCCGUGCACUGGGCAUGGAUGUGGUGGUGGAGGCGCCGCAAGUUCCGGCUCAACGGCGUCGACGUCCAUUGCUCCGUCCACAGGCUCCAUUACUUCGUCCGCGUACAAGUUCGGAGCAGCCGGUCCGGCAAGGAUCCAGGCCGGGAGCGGCGCCGGCGCCGGUUCACGCGAAGCACCGGAAGGCCCAGCACCGUGGCGACCACGGGCGCCAUGCCUAAGACGUGGUGCAUGGCGGCGGAAACCGUUCCGGCGGCCACCGAACCGGCGAAGAUCGCGGGCGUGGCGGUUGUGGCGGCGAAGUCCGCCAACACAAUGACGACGGCGACGGCUGUGUCGACGUCGACCGCCGUCACGAAUGAGGUGCAGGAAGAAGGAUAGGAGACCACGAGGCAUCCUCUUACCUUCUCCUUUCCUCCCUUCUGUCUUCUUUGUCUCGGCGACUCUCGCCGGAGUUGUU